AUGGCGCCCCGAUCCUACUCGAAGACGUACAGCGUCCCCCGUCGUCCUUUCGAGUCCGCUCGUCUGGAUACUGAGCUGAAGCUCGUUGGCGAGUAUGGUCUCCGCAACAAGCGCGAGGUCUGGCGUGUGCAGUUGACUCUGUCCAAGAUCCGUCGUGCUGCCCGUUCGCUCUUGACUCUCGACGAGAAGGACCCCAAGCGCCUGUUCGAGGGUAACGCCCUCAUUCGCCGUCUCGUUCGUGUCGGUGUGCUCGACGAGUCCCGCAUGAAGCUCGAUUACGUCCUGGCCCUGAAGAUUGAGGACUUCUUGGAGCGCCGUCUCCAGACCUGCGUCUACAAGCUCGGUCUUGCCAAGUCCAUCCACCACGCUCGUGUGCUCAUCCGCCAGCGCCACAUCCGUGUUGGCAAGCAGAUCGUCAACGUUCCUUCGUUCAUCGUCCGCCUCGACUCCCAGAAGCACAUCGACUUCGCCCUGACCUCGCCAUUCGGUGGCGGUCGCCCCGGCCGUGUGAGGAGGAAGAAGGCCAAGGCCGCCGAGAAGGGUGGUGAUGAUGAUGCCGGUGAGGAGGACGAGGAGUAG